UUAUUUGCUUGCUUGCAUUUUCAGCGUAGAUUAGCGUAUAACAGUUAUUAAGCUAUGACAUUGAACUGAUAUCUAACAGAGCGGUCAUGCAAUAACUUUAAAGCAACCAAUCGAGAAUUGUUUCCUAAUUGAUGUCCAACAUGUCGAGUGUCCAAGCAUCUAAGGCUUUGCUGAGAAAAGAGAUAAAACAGAAAAUACUGUCGCUCAACGCCAAAGACAAGCUGUCGCAAACGGAGUUCGUUUGUAACAAGGUGAUUAAUCUGCCGAUUUUUAAAGCUUGCCAAAGAAUCUCAAUAUAUUUAAGUACGAAUCAUGAAAUUGGCACAGAGUUAAUUAUCCGAAAAAUGUUCGAGAUGAACAAAAUGUGCUUUAUUCCCAGGUACUUUGGCGAUGUCCUUGAGAUGGUGCGUCUGAAAUCUAUGGACGACUGGGAAACUCUUCCUUUGACCAAAUGGAAAAUUAAGCAACCGUCUUUGGAUGAAAUCAGGGAAGACGCGAUAAAAACCGGAGGUCUUGACUUGGUUAUUGUUCCUGGCGUCGCCUUCACCAAAGACGGUAAACGGUUGGGUCAUGGUAAAGGAUACUACGAUAAGUUCCUGCAAAACCUAUCCCAAAUCCAAGAGAUUGGUCCGACCACAAUCGGAUUAGCCUUCAAGGAGCAAAUGGUGGAAGUCCUACCAACCCAUGACCACGACGUCAAACUGGACAGUAUAAUAUGUGCAACCGAAUGAAAUCUCCAUAAAUAAAUCCGACAAUUUUUAAA